AUGCAGUCAAUGCAAAGGCAGUUCGGCAAGCUUCUGAACAAAGGACCCGGAGAAAAUGCCAAGGUCGCUGUUCUCCUCAACGACUACGAAGACGCUGACCAUGUCCUCUCACAAAUCAUCGACAAUGCGAGGAUGUGGAGGGAUUCGUGGGCGGCCCUUACCAACACCCAAUUGCAGGUUGUGACCGAGUAUGAAGGUUUGUACGACCCCAUCGCCGGCGCUUCGGACGGACAAUCGCGGCACGCCGUUCCGACACCACAGCUCCAGCUAGAACGCACGUUCCAGCUGAAGAAGGCGUACACCGAACUCAAAGUGGAAUUGGUGGAGGAGAUGGCCAUGAUCGAGGAGCAAAUACUAAAGCCCGCGACGGAUGCGCGCAGCUGCAUUGCACCGAUCCGCAAGACGAUCAAGAAGCGGGAGAACAAGAGGGUGGAUUACGAAAAGGCACAAGACAAGGCAUUGAAGCUCCAGCGAAAACCUGGCCGGAACCCUAAAGAGGAGGCCGCAUUGGCUAAAGCCGACGCCGAAAUGGCACGAGCUGCGGACGAAUUUAGCAUCGCAGACGAACAUCUCAAAGAAACCCUGCCACCCAUCAUUCACGCAACCUUCAGUCUAGUCACCCCGCUGCUCUCGAACCUGGUUAUGAUCCAGAACAGGCUGCUGGGCCUGUACUACACCACACUGAACGGUUACUGCGAGGAGUUCGGUUUCCCAUCGCCACCGCCUCCGAUGGAAGAGGUGGUCGCUAUCUGGAACGGAGCAAUUGGACCCACCCGCAGCCAGAUCGAAACCAUCAGCUUCAUCUCCCACAAAGGGGCGCAACAACCGACCGGCAGCCGCAACGGUCUCCCUCCGAAACCAGGACCGUCCCCCAUUAUCAACGGGCCUCGGCGCUCCGCAACCGGCUUGAUCUCUACCCCUCAGGCGCGAAGCCUGCGGGUCCCGUCAAUGCCGGUCGAACGCAGCCGCACGCCCUCCCCGUCCCCAUCCCACAAGCGGCCCGACUUCUCCCACGCAACCGACUUCACGACGGCCACGAUCCUGGGCGGAACCGACGUGGCCCGGUCCGCGAACAACCUGACACCGAGCCAGCAGCAGCAGCAGCAGCAGCGGCCCGACUACUUCCGCAGCCCCUCUCCCGCGGCGUCCCAGGCCAGCAGCAUCGGCGCCAGCAGCAUCAGCGUCAGGAGCGGGGGGUUCGCGGCGCUCGGCAAGAAGAAGCCGCCGCCGCCGCCCCCCAAGCGGAAGCCGGACGAGUGGGUCGUCGCGCUGUACGCGUUCCAGGGCCAGGGCGCAGGGGACCUGUCGUUCCGGGAGGGCGACCGCAUCAGGGUGGUCAAGCGGACGGGCACGGAUCAGGACUGGUGGGUGGGAGAGCUAGGCGGGAUGCAAGGCAAUUUCCCUGCCAACUACUGCCAGCCUCUCUAA